AUGGUGUCCUCUACCGCUUCUCUUUUCUUGUUCGCUCUUCUCAGUGUAAUGGCUUGCCUCGCAAUGGCUGCCCCGGCCACCACUGACAGCCCUGCUGCUACUACUACCUCAGACAAAUCUUUUGCUGCUGUUACAGCUACUCCAACUUAUGAUACAGAGGGUCUUCCUGCUAGCAUCUUCCCUGUUCUUACCGCAUACCCCGAUGAAUAUGAAAGUACUACUGAGCUGGAUGACGGCAUCCUUUAUUUGAGCGAGCAAGAUGAAGGCACCAAGCUCUAA